ACGGCAUUAAGAUCCCUAUAAAAGACCGCUGGUAUGUGUUUAUGAAUCGGGAACGAUAAUAUGUUAACGAUAUUUUUUGCUGCAGUUUACGACACGUGUUUUAGUGCAAAGGUUACGUUUGUACAUGUACAUAAAUAGGCGGUCAUAGGCAUUCGUAUAAACGUGUCUGGCAGUUUAAACUGCUGAGUUACGAUCGAUUGUGAAUAACUUCAGUCGUAUGCUGUGACUGUAAUUUUAUAACAUUUAUAUUUAUUUCCUCAGGAUACUUUAUCGGACUGUGAUAAUCCCUUAUAAAAAUGUCAAGUAAAAAGGAUAGAAACAAAGAAUGUCAAAUGAUGUUAAACGAUGUGCCUUCGGAACCACCUGAACCGGAAGAGGAGGAAGAUUCACCGGAAGUGACGUCAGAUGGCGUGGAGAAGUUCAAAUUCUCCUCCACUUUUAGCACUUACAUGACCCUGCUCGGAUUCUCCGUCGGCAUGUCAGACUUCUGGCGCUUCCCGUUCCUCGCGUACAGGAAUGGUGGAGGCGCCUUUCUUAUCCCCUUCGUGGUGAUGACGCUCCUGUGCGGACUCCCGCUCUACUUUCUCGAGUACUCGCUCCCUAAAUUCGCCGGAAAAGGGCCGUACAAGAUCUGGGACAUAUGUCCGCUAUUCCGUGGUAUAGGGAUCACGGUGGUGGUAGGCUACUGUAUGUGGAUGGCCGGCACCACCGUCAUGCGAUGCUGGAUCAUUGACUUCCUCGUCGGCUCCUUCCAAUCCACUCUGCCAUGGACUGUGUGCGACAACCCGUGGAACACGCCAUCUUGUAAAAUGCUUCAUUCCGCCAUCUAUCUGUAUGACAAUAGCACAAACUCCAUGAAUCUGUUUGACAAUAUCACACACUCCAUGAAUCUGUCUGACAAUAGCACAGCGUCUCAUGUGCCUACGGGCCACAAUAGUUCAGUGCUUACAAUGGCCUCAGGGAAUGUGUCCAUGUCAGAACCGGUGCCUUUUAAUGCCUCAAAUGGUAUGACAUCCGCGGAAGAAUACUGGCAGUAUCACGUGCUCAGUUUGUCCUCCGGGAUUUCUGAUUGGUCGAACUAUCAAUGGCGUCACGUGGUCUCCAUGCUCGUUAUUCGCUUCGUGAUCUUCUUCGGCCUCAUCAAGAGCAUCAAAUCCAUCGAGAAGGUUAUAUACGUAACGGCCACUGUGCCUUUUUUCCUCACUGUGGCGAUAUUCAUCCGCUCAGUGAUGCUGCCUGGAGCCUCAGACGGACUAUUUUACUUCUUCAAUCCAGAUUUUUCGAAAAUCAUCCAACCGCGGGUUUGGAUCGAGGCCACACUGAUGGGGUUCUAUACUCUCGGCUUCGGGUGGGGCGGAAAUAUGCUGCUCGGAUCUCACGCACACUUCAAAGAGAACUGCCUCAGGACGGCGGUGGUGCUGCCCCUCGCCAAUGUGUUCAUGGCGGUGUUCAGCGGCCUCGUCUGCUUCUCCGUGCUUGGCAACAUGGCGCACAGUUUCAACUCGUCCGUGACUGACGUCAUCAGUGGAGGCAUGUCUGUGGGCGUGGUCUCGUACAUCACCGCGCUCUCGUCCCUACCCGUGCCUCAGCUGUGGACCGUCUUGUUCGUAACCGCCAUCCUGCUCACGGGCAUUGACGGCCAGCUUAUCCCCAUGGAUAUGAUGAUGCAGCUGAUAGGCGAUCUCUGGCCGGGCGCGCGACGUAUCCCGACCCUGGUCGCCACCGGCGUGGUGUUCUUCAUCGCGUCCAUUCCCACGUGUUCAGGGGCAGGAGCGUACAUUUUUCUGUGGGUGGAUUGGUACAGCGGCGCCUGGGUCGGACCUAUAGUAUCUAUCAUAGAGCUAGUCACUGUCGCAUGGAUAUACGGCAUGGAUCGGUUUGAGGAAGAUAUACGUAUGAUGAUAGGACGGGGGAUUCCCGCGCCGCUCAGGUUCCUGACAGCGUUCCUUUCUCCAGUAUUUGUCCUCGUUAUCUUCCUGACGAGUUGUGUUGAGUACGUGGCCCCUUCCUACGGCGACUACCACUUCCCCGCCCUGGCCCGGGGGUUGGGCUGGGUCAGUGUGGUUCUGGUCAUCCUUCCCAUACCAUUCCUUGCAGCCUGGACCGUCAACAGAGCCAAGGGAAGCACACUUUUAAAGAAGUUCCAGACAAGUCUACGGCCUGUGGGUGGAUGGGGACCCUGUGAACGGCAUUUGCAGACUUUAUACAACAUUAUACACAAACGUUAUGAACACAGGACUUUGUUUGACUUGCUGAAGUACAAUCUAUCAGGGAGGAAAUUUGGAUCUCAGGAGCCGGAAGAGAAACUGUUCUACAGUAUAUCACUGAAGUGAACAUAGGAUAUGCUUUAAAAUAUAAUGGAAUCUGGGAAAACGGGGUGUAAUGCAUGUACGUAAAGUGUCGGCCCAGAUUAGCCUGUGAAGUCCAUACAGGCUAAUCAGGAUCGACACUUUUCGCCAAAAAUGGAUUUUCAUGAAGAUGCGACUUUCUUUAAACAAAAAAUACCAUACAAGUGGAGAGUAUUGUCCCUGUAUGGUUUAAACAGGCUAACCUGAGACGACACAAAACGCACAUGCAUUAAAUCCCGUUUUCCUUGAGCGAGGAUGAAUUAUAAAUAUUUUUAUGUUCUCACGUUUGGCAUUCAAAAUUAAGUACAAAUAGUUAUAUCACAAACCGUUAAGUAUAAUUUCGACUGUAAGGUUAACAAUUAUACCAGAUUUACCCCUUACAAAAUACCACUUUUCCUUAUAUAAAAUACUAAUUAUUACUUUUGUUUCAUUUUGAUUGUGAAAUCAACUCAUUUUAAAGCUGAGCACGAGCUGAUAAAACUUUCAAAAGUCAACAAAACGCAUUUUUUAUCUUGAUAUUAUGUAAGGAAGUAUGCUUGAUGACUAACGGAAAAGCUCGUCUUGUGUCGUCUGUCGUCAACUUGUAGACCUUUUCCAAACCUAUAUAGACGCGUAUCUUGAAUUCGCGCACCUAUUUACCAACAUUGUCUUAAAUGAAAUAACAAUUGUAUAAAAUCAUCAAUGCCGUAAAAUGAAUUUUUUUGGUUGUUUGAACCAUAUAACA